AUGAGCGGAACGAACGUUUUUGCGGGCGCUCACAACUUUGUUGCUAGCGACAUCACGGUGAAUGCAGCUAAGAUAACGUACCAAUUUGCCUGCUCCGACGCACGGAGUCACGAAAUCGGCACACAUGCCUCAUGCCCCGAGGCGCGCCCCCCUGCUCAGUAUCUAAACGCCCCAGACAGUGCAGCGGUUCCCACCUUAAUUGAAACGACUCCUUUCCUUUCAAGCGACAUCGCCGCCGCCGCCCAAAUCGCUCUCGUGAUUCAUCAAUCUCUCAGCGAUAGCAAAGGGGCUCCGUAUGAGCUUAACUGCUUCGUCGACGAGCUACGUUCUUUCGCCGACGCCUUGCUUUCGCUUUCCGAGAUAGUCCGUGAGAUUGAACUGCAACCCCUUGGCCCAAUAACCAUGAAUAUCAUAUACGAAGCUGCGACCUGCCUUGAUUUCGUGAAGAAGGUCAGAGAUGGUAUCGAACCAUACGAGACAGCUUUUGCGGCAGGGCGAGGUUCCUUCAGGAAAGUUUGGUACAAAGUCUGCUGGGGCGUUUUCAGGCCAAAGGAAAUUACGACGCUGCGGAAGAAGCUUUCUCAGCGUACGCAGAAGAUCGCAAUCUGGGUGGGCGUAUUGGGAAUUUUCUUGACUUCCAACUACGGCAAAACCGUCGCGUCGAUCGAGACAAGAACAAAUGACCUACUCAUGGUACAUAAAAACAUAGCUCCAUCCGUUUCGUACGGCGUUGGGAAUACGGUGAUUUUGACGGAUGCAUUCGGGAAGCCGAUACCGUUGGCAAUGGACUACUAUUGCUCGCCAGAGGCCCUCCAUAACUUCCUGAUGUUCCACUUCAAGGACAAGAUUGGGUUGGAGUAUGUUGAGAGACAUGAGUACAGCAUUUCUACCGUGGACGGAAAGACGAUCAUGAAGUCUGAUUAUGCGGCAUGGAGAUCCAUUGUGAAAGAAGGCGCAGUACUCGUCAUGAGUAUUCUGAUUAGAAUACAACUGGAGUCAGGGAGUGCUAAAGACCAGAGAAACACUUGCCCACGGUGUUUUAGGACUGAUGUUGGUGUGAUGCGGGACCAAGGGUGGUUAGAGUGGGUGGAGCAUAGUGUAUGUGAACUUGAUGCUUUGACUCUGACCAUGCCUCUGACCAUGUGUCUUGCUUUCCCAUAUCCAGGCUGCUCUGUAUGUGAACUUGUUGAUUUGACUCUGACCAUGCCUCUGAUCUCUGUCUUGCUUUCUCAUUCCCAGUGGCUCUGCUAUUUGACUCUGACCAUGCCUCUGACCAUCCGUCUUGCUUUCCCAUUUCCAGCUGCUUUCUGGCUUGUAUGUGGACUUGUUAAUUUGACUCUGACCAUUCCUCUGACCAUCCAUCUUGCUUCCUCAUUUUCUGGGCCUUUUUACAUUAAUUUCACUGGUUUUGCUGAUUUCCUUGUGUUCACCUGUUAUUCAAUCUUAAAUCUAAGUCAUUUGACUUGUGAGAAGUCCAACUCCAUGUCCAACUACGAUUCUGACAAUGAAGAGCAUGAAAAUGAUGGCUGUAGGGUGUCACAAGGCAUCACAGGAUGUCCUAGGGCAACCUGA